AUGAAGAAUAUCGAAGUGCGUGCUGAUUUCGACCCUAUCGAGGAAAUCCCUUCUCUGGAAGGCAAGGUCCUUUUCAUUACUGGCGGAACUGCUGGAAUAGGUGCUGAGACUGCCCGUACUCUUGCACCUCAUGGACCCUUGCAUGUGUACAUCACUGGUCGCAAUCGAAAAGCAGCGAACGCGCUCAUGGAGGAAAUCCGUGGUAAACAUUCUUCGGUAGGCAUGACGUUCGUUGAGGUGGACUUUACGUCUUUGGCGUCUGUGAAAGAGAGUGUCCAGAAGAGCUUCAAACAUGAGAGGCUGGAUAUCUUGAUGUGUACGGCGGGUGUGAUGACCCAGCCGCCGGUGCUCAGUAAAGAUGGUUACGAGAUCCAAUUCGCCAUUAACCAUCUCGCACACGCCAUGUUGAUCGAUGUCCUCCUCCCGACCCUCCUCCGCACUGCAAGAGCUCCCUCAUCCGACGUCCGCAUCCUCAGCACCACCUCCAUGGGCUAUGGCAUUCACCCUCGCAGCGGUAUUUCCUUCGAAGAGCUUGACGCUCAAAGCCCCAUGUCACGCUUCAUGUUCGGCGGUUGGAUCCGCUACGGCCACUCUAAACUCGCCAACAUACUGUACCCCGCUGAGCUCGCAAGACGCUAUCCUGAAAUUAAGUCGAUAUCGAUUCACCCGGGUGUUGUGGCGACGGAUCUGAUGUGGAACCAGUCAUGGCAGACGAGGUGGUUCAUACAUAUUACAUGUUGGAUGCAGGGACUGAAGUACCUGACACCGCAUCAAGGCUGCUGGAAUCAGGUGUAUUGUGCGGCCGUAGCAAAGAAAGACGAGCUCGUGAACGGAGGGUUUUACUAUCCUGUUGGGUUGCAUUCGCCGGACAAGUUGGACAAGACUGCGAGUGAUGAGAAGCUGGCGGGUAGGCUGUGGGAGUGGACGCAGCGCGUUUUGGAAAGAUUCUGA